GUGAAGAGGAUGGAGAAGAAUUAAUAAAUAAAAGGGAGAAGAAAAGAUGGAAAAAAAUACGUAGAAAUAGAAAAAGAAGAAGAAAAAGAAAUAGGAAAAAUAGAAAAGAAGAAGAUAAAAGGAGAAGGAUAACCAGGUUGUAAAAGUAUUAGGGAGAACCACACGCAAAAGGAUGAGCGAUACAGUGUAACAAUUUCAUCGGUGAGUUUUAUGGGAGAUCACUUGUCAAGCUGGAACAGCCGGUUAACUCUGUUCAAUUCUAUGAGGAUUGGCUCUAGAAAAAUCAAAUAUAAUUUAUUUUCUGCAUCAGAAUACAUCUGAUACAUCAGAUCUGCAGUGUAGUUUCUCUCUUCAUCUCUUGCCACUUGAAAGUGCAAUUUGAGCUCUUCAUACUGCUGCAGCAGUCGCUGCACACAUGGCGCUAUUGAAAGCCAUCGUGUAUUAGAGAGCUUCAAGAUUUUCAGGGGUUCAUCACCAACAUUGAUAGUGAAAUACAAAGAUAAGUUUCAGAAACCAUAAACUCUAUUUUUCGUGGCAAAGCUUUCGAAGCAUAUGAUGAGCAAAGCUGGAUUGAGUGGCAAAUUCAUUUUAUGUGAACUAUGUUGCUAUUCACUUCACAAAACCUGGUAAUUACGGAGUUAUUUUGCCCACACAUGACACUACAUCCAUCUGUAGCUAGCCCAAUGCAAUUGGCAAGAUCAAGAUUGCAAGCACGAAGAAAGGUAGCCAUAUUGUUAAAAAUUCCUUCUGCAGUGCCAGAAUCAAGUGAUAUCAUGCCAAGAAACCCUGCCAGGAUUGUCUUGUGUGUCUUACUGAAAUACCGCACCAUAACACAAAGCUGUUUCUCUGCUCUUAUGUCGGUCCUUUCAUCAAUAAUCAGAGAGUACGGCAUGCCUUGAAUAUCCAUAAAUAAAUCAUGUCGUAUCACGGGGCACAAAACAUUCUUGAUAAGUGCAGAACAUUUUGUUCUGUGGAUAGAUAUGUCUCUUCCAGAUACAUCUUUGACAAUCUCGCCAAGAUGAUCGAUUGUCAAAAUGCUUGAGUGGCAAGCAACAUGAACGGCCAGCUUGAGUUCAGCAACUUUUAUGCUCUGAUCCUCUGUUUUUCGCGCACAUCCAACAUCAAAAAGAGUUCUUCCACCAGAACCUGGCGCCGCAUUUUUCUUAUGCUUUUCUGUGUCAGCAUGAGCACACAAAUCACUAUAAUGGCAACGAACUGUAGACUUGCAAAAUCUACAUGCUGCCUUCGUACCAUCUCCAGGUACUCGAUGUAUCCAUGACUUUAAUUUGACGUCCUUUUCCCAACUACUGCAGUAGUUCUUCUGGUAUUUUGCCCAUUUGCCCAUUUUGCAGAGAAAGAUCAAUCGAAUGACUUUAAUGAGUACGAAUUUGUUCAAAAUAGCAGGUACUCAUACUGUGGGUAUCAAAUUUCCUGGGAAUUAUACACUAACGACGGGACAAUGGCAUUGCAACAAUUCCAAUGGCGAUUAAUGUUAGAUCACGCAAUGGCUUUAAUUGUUGUCUAAUUAAGCUAUUGUUUAACAAGCCAAUGACCUGCGAAUACGCUUGCUAAUCCAGUGAGGCGCUACAUCGAAUAUAACAAUUGAAAUAACUUUUAAUUAAUACACUGGCAGCGUACUUAGCAGGUACCCUAAAAGUAAGAUCGUGACAACAGUGCACAGAAUACAUGACACAACCAAUCCCACAGUGAUCAUAAUACACACCACGCUGGUAUUGUCAUAUGAAAAAUAACCCCAUUUUCCGAACAUAAUAUAUAAUGCCUGCAACAAAAAACAAAUAUUCUAAAACCAGCCCAAAAACCGCACCCCCGCCCAAAAGGAAAAAAUCCCGCACACUGGAGGAAAAACCAGCCCAAUUGGGCGGGAAAACCGCCCAACUGGCAACACUGGAGGAAGACCGAGGGACAAACCAACUCGCGCGUUGAAAUCGCCUCCAACGACCAUGAGGCUCAGUGAAGGUGCAGGAGUCACUGGUGAAGCACGUCCAGUGAGUGACUCUCGCCUCGCUCCUCUUGUUCCGUGGCGAUGACGAGCAUUUUCAAGCAGUUUCGGGGCUUUUUUUCGAAGCCUCGUCUAGGAACCGAACCAAACAGAAACGAAACACGGUCGGACACAAAUGCAACAGAAAGCUAUGGAGACCACACUGAUGCCGAAGUGAGGGCCAGCUGUUGGUGUGCCAGCCUCAGGAACAGAGCCAUUGCUGCUGGAGUCUUGAUACUGGUCAAGUCACUCGCCGGUUUCUGCCUUGGGAUCGUGUACGGGGUCAGAGGUUAUCCCAAAGCAUGGGGGGCCUUCGCGACAGGGCUCAUCACCAUGUUUGUUUUCACCCCCAUUCUCUUUUAUGGCAUUUGGAAGGAAUCCCGGAAGUGGCUGGCGGUUUGGUUCGUCUGGAUAGCUAUCCUGACAGCCCUGGGUCUCGUUGGCAGCGCCGUGGCCAUGAUAAAGAGUUCUUACGUGUCCACCCUGGCCAUAAUGGGCGUGCUUUUCAACUUUACCAUGAUGGUUCUGCUCUUGUACUUGAUCUAUGUUUAUAUGCAGUCGCUGAGAUCCAGGGAGCCAUUGGUUGAAGGAGACACCUUUUAGCGAAUUCCUCAUCAUUAGCAACUUCGGUUUUCUCCAAAAGCAAGUCGAUGUUGUCACUUCAGUUUCGUCGCGCUGGUCGACUGUCUUUUGUUUGAGCCUUUGCUUGGCUGGAGUCUACCGUCGCCUAAAAACGUACAGAUGUUAUAAAAAUACCAUUGACUAAUCGAUGUAUUAUCUAAUAACAUGAAUCAUAUAUGGUUUGUUCGACACGUACCUGUUUUAGUAUGAUGUCCAUGGUUUAUGCAAUAUUCUCAUUGUUGUGCAUAAAAUGCGUAUAUAUGACGCUAACACUGUAACAAAUGUAAAUAAACUUGAUAUCAGUAA